AUGAGUUAUAGGGACACGUAUUCACUCUUGCCAAGAUUUCAUUCCUACAAUGCAGCUAAUGAACAUUCAAGAACAUAUCAAAGGACAUUGAUGAGUUAUGGCGGUUCGCCAUCGUCGGUGCUGAAUUCAUUACCACCGAUACGCUCACGAGUAUUUUCUGAUGUAACGUACACAUCAACACCAGAUGUGAAUGAAGUUUAUCCUGGACUAUUUGUAGGUGAUGCAGUUGCUGCUAAGGAUAAAGCUUUUUUGAGGCGUAUGGGUAUUAACUAUGUUUUGAACACGGCAGAGGGUAAGCGGUACACUCAAGUGGACACAGACCAUUUCUACUACCGAGAUUGUCCUGGUCUUCGUUACAAGGGCUUCCCGCUGAUGGAUCUUCCCACUACUGAUAUAUCUAAAUAUUUUCAUAUUGCCGCCAACUUCAUUGACGAAGGCAUUUCUAGAGGCGGACGCGUGCUUGUUCACUGUUUGAUGGGAGUUUCCCGUUCGGCUACGUGUGCACUCGCCUUUCUCAUGAUUAAGCGUGGUAUGACCUUCACUGAGGCACUUGCUUUGGUUCGUUCACGCCGUGAUAUUCAUCCUAACGAUGGAUUUAUUCGCCAACUGCAGCAACUAGACAGGGAGCUGCGUGUCUCCCGGCUCCGCUGA